AUGGCGGCGGCGGCGGACGCGACCACGGCCAUGACCAUCGACUUCCUCCGCGCGCGCCUCCUCUCCGAGCGCUCCGUCUCCCGCGCCGCCAAGGACCGCGCCGACCAGCUCGCCAACCGGGUCGCGGAGCUGGAGGAGCUGCUCCGGGCGGUGACGGCCCAGCGGCGGAAGGCGGAGCGGGCCGCCGCGGACGUGCUCGCCAUCCUCGACUCGCAGGGCUUCGGCCGCUUCUCCGACGCCGCGGAUUCCGGCUCCGACGACAACGGCGCUGGUGGCCCCGAGGCCGCCGAGCGCGGGACUGGCGGCGAUGCCCGCGGGGAAGCGGAGGAUGCGCUGUCGGGCUCGGAGCUGGGAGGCCUGGCCGGGGCGCCUCAGCCCGGCCCCGGGGGGCUGUCGUGGAAGGGCCGCGCCGCGAGCCCUGACUCGGACCGGCGGCAGCCGCAUCACAAGGCUAGGCAGCUCAGGCAGCGGCACGGCCAUAGCCACAGGAGGAGCAGCUACUUCCGCUCGCUCGCCGCGGAUUCCUCGCCCAAGUACCAGCCGGGGCAGUCGUGCCGGAAGAUCAAGAGGAAGGAGCCGAGGUUGCAGACUGAAGAUGAGGAUGGCAAGGACAAUGCCGCCGAGGGUCUGGAGAUGGAGAAGGAAACAUCAGACUGUACUGUCUGCACCGACGAGCAGCAUGAUUUGGAUGGUGGUGAGGCGAGCCAAGAUGGGCGAGGUUCUUCUUCUGGUGAUGGGAGAGUUCAGGAUGGCAACGAGAGGUACACCGUGGAGUAUGAGAAGGACGGGGAGAUGGAGAGGGUGCUCGAGAAGCAGGCUGAGCUGAUUGGGCAGUAUGAGGCAGAGGAAAACGCUCAGAGGGAGUGGGAGAAGAAAUUCAGCGGAACCCGGGAUUCAACUUCGGAUGAUGUUGACCGGGACAAUAAGUUAAACCAGAAUGAAAAGGCUUGGGAGCUGAGGGGCAGAGCUGGUCAGGUUAUGACUAAAGACGUAGUUCCUGAAGAGGCACAGUCAAGAGGUAAAGAUCUGUUUGGAAUCAACAGUCCCUCGGAAUGUUUGUUGAAUGGUUCUGUCUCUGGCUUGUCAUCAAAUGUUCCAGAAGUAAAGGCUACUGGGAAGUGCAAACAAUCUGGUAAUGAUUUUGGGUGGGCUACUCCAGUAGUUGCUUCAGUCAAUAGUGAAUUGCAUGCCAGGAAGGAUGAGCUGGUACAUAGAAGUUACACUGAAAUUAUUGAUGGGAGUGGGUGUAGUAAUCUUGGAAGAUCUGCUUCUUCGCCACAAAAAGGCUAUACUAGCAUCCCAAUUACAGGACAUAAUAAAGGUCAAGGAGAUGGAAAUUCAGAUAGUGGUUCAAGCUACCAUGCGAAUGCUCGCCCUUAUGAGCACUACAUAACUACACCAUCAGUUGGAAGCCCUUUAAGCGAUACUCCUAAAAGUAAAAUGUCUGAAUGGAGUUCGUCAUGCUUUCAUAACCAUACUGAUAACCAGAUUGACAUGCAGCCGCAUCAACUCUCAAGUGAUGAUAUUGGAGGUGUCCUAGAUGCCCUUCAACAUGCCAAGAUGUCCCUCCGAGAAAAGCUGAGCAGGGCAAGUCCACCCAGACAGGACAUGUUGGCACUUCCAGCACCGGAGGAUCACUACAUAGAGGAUGAUUUGCAAUUCAAUGACACACAACUUUCACUUUGCAUGUCUCUUAGCCAGGAAAUAUUGGCACUGCCAGUGUCAGGAGGCUACCUAAGCAGGAUCAGUUUACCAGGUGAUGAUGCAAAAAUACCAGUUAGCUCUUCUGGUUUGUUUCGGUUGCCAACAGACUCGUUUCCCCAAAACGAGGUGUGCUCUACUGAUGGCUAUGGCUCAGAGUUCAGUUUGGUAUCAAGUCAGCAGACCAUAUUUUCAAGAAACCCUGCUAGUCAUAUGAUGUCAACUUCAUCUCUUUACCAGCAUGGUUCUAGUAUCUCACCAAAUCCAUAUCAUGAUCCUCACAGUUCAAUGUUAUUGUCAAAGUCUGCAAAAGGGGGUGCUUCUUUCAUCCCACAAAUUCGAAGGUCUAGCAACGAUACAGGAAGAGGAAUGCCUUCUUGAGAUGCAGAAUAUCCUUGUCAAAUAAUAAGUAUCGGGUAAUUAAAAUGCCAACAGAUAUUGGGGAGUCUGAAUACGAGGAUGUUUAUCUAGGACGAUCAAAGGAAGGGUUAUGUUGUGCAUUAUUUCAUGAUUGGUACAAGCUUCGUGUUUGGAUCCUUGACGAUUCAUGUGGUACCAUAGAGUGGGUGCUGAAGUAUCACAUUGACAUUUACAAUAGUGUCUCACCUGUAACGAGUGUUUUUGGUGAGAAUGACGAAGAGGGACCCUGGAUUUUAGAAGAUGCUGACAGUGGUGAACACUAUGGUCAACAAAAUUUACAAGAUGUUAACAACGAUGAAGAUGACAACAAGAAUGCACUUGUGAAGAGUAAAGUCGAAUGGGAUUCGGACAACGAUAAUAUGGUUGACAGUGAAUCUGAGGGUGUACAGAGCUUCUUUGGAUACGUUGGUGUCAUUGGAUUUCAUCCUUACAAAGAUGUCAUAUUCUUGAAUCUUUCGAUUGAGAGAGCUGCGGCCUAUCAUCUGAAUACCUCCAGGGUUCAGCUUUUGGGUAAAGUAUACCCAGAUGAUUGUUAUAGUAAUGCGGCAUACAUAAAAUCCUCUUUCCCAUACACACCAUGUUUGGUAGCAGAUUCCCCAGAAAACAAACUAGAAGACAAUGUCGAAGGCUAGCUAGAUAGCUUGUUUGUUUCAAAUAGUUGGAAUUCUGUUAUUUAAUGUCUGCUAGUUUGCCAACACAAACUUAUUUAUAGCAUGAUUUACCAAAGGACAUGUAAGCAGUGCUAUGCUAUGUAUCCAUAUGUCAUUCAA